CAUAGCAACCAGCAUGGCGACGGGGAAGCUUUACCUCGCUCCUCAUCUGCUUAGGAGCUAGUAUUAGGUUGUUACCUUUUUGCGCUUACAGCGUUAAAAUGUUCACAGUCGAGCACACUGUGGUUUCUGGAUGUAUCCGAGCUCUGCCGUCGCUAGCCCAGAAUAUUUCUGCGGAAAAUGGGAUACGCUGAGUGUAACAUGGACUCGAGAAUAGGGAGUGUAUCAUCUGGAUUGGGGUGCAGCCGUGGUAUGAGAGGACAGCCGUCAAAAAGCAGUCCUUUCUGCCCUCCCUCUUCCAGCAAGUUGACACAAUCUAUCAUUAAAGACCACAUGGUGUCUCAUUACAAAAAGGUUUACUCAGCUAAAGCUGCCAUUGAUGCCUCAGUACCUAAAAGCUUGAUACAUAGUGUAAAGUACAAUGACCGGAUCAGACAGGAGCGGUUGAGGAAAGGGGGUCGUCCUCACUCAGCCCACUCUCUUUCACAGAGGGAUAGCAGAGCCUCCUGCUCCUCAGCCCAGAGUAGAUUAUCUGUGCAGUAUGACGACAGCCCCUACCUCUGCUCAAGGAGUUCCCUGGUUUCCAGCCCAAGGUUUGGCACAUCCUUUCAUGCCAAGGAGAUAGUUUAUCCAUCGCGUAAAGUCGGUUUACAGAACCAGUUUCAUCGCGUCCGCCCAGCAUCAGAAGUAAAGCAGCGGAGCCCAGAUGCGACUUCACAUAGAAUGCAGUCAGCGUGUUCACUGGACGCUUCUGGAGAUCAGAGUUGCUACAAAACUUUCCAGGACCCUGUUCAGAAGACAUACAGUGGGGACUUAAUCCAGAAACAUUCACAGCACUUUACCCAAGAUAAACCUUUCACCCCAAAGACCCUGAAGACAGAUAAGAAUUCAUACCUGUCAAAUUAUCGCUACUACAGAGCACCACGAAGGAAACCCACUCAGGAUUGCACUCAGUCAAGAUUAAUGCGACAGGAGACAUAUCAUGGAAGCACAAAAACCAAGGAAUGCACACAGGAAUCACACGAGCCAUCUCAGGGAUUUAAUACAGAACAUGAAUGGUCUGAGGAUGAGUCCAACGGCACAUAUUUCUCAUCAUCUAGACAACAGAGUCGCGCUAAUAAGAGCAGAGACCGCGAUUUCUUUGACUCGUCAUCCAGGGUCUCACCAGAAGGCGGGAAAUCUCCCACUAUGAAGAAUGUAUCUUCAGAAGAGGAAGAAUUAAUGUACCUCGAAUUCAUUUCUGCUGUAACAGAGGAUAUCUUGUCCCGGGGGCACAUCUCUGACAGGGUCCUGGACCGGGUGAUAAAGCGUCAUAUUGACAUGAAUCGGCAUCACCUUCACGAAGGUAAAAUGCACCACCUUCUGGAAGUGCUGCGCAAAGAUUUUGAAGAGACACCCAACACAUUCACCUGCAGUACAGAGUUUGAAAAAAAGGAAAAUGGACUGCUUGAUACAUUCCUCCCAAAUUUGGAAGCAGGGGAGAAACAAGUGAAGACCAAAGAAAACAACGACCUGUCCCUUUAUGCAUCACUAAUUAAAGACUGCGAUUCGCUAGGUUAUGCUGAUCCCCUGAUGGUGUCUACACCCUUAUGCUCGCCUGAAAGGUUUGAUUCACCAACUCAAACAACUGAAAAGUACGGAGAAGAUGACAAUCUUGAAAAGGGCAUUAGCUCUCCUGGGCUUAGUGAGCACGUUUCUAAUAAUGCAGGAAUAAGUGAAGAGGACUUUGAUCAAAAUCAAAUAGGCACAACUGCAACAAACGAAGUCAGCAAUGAAAACCACGAAAACGCCAGUCUAAGCAGUGACAAAGGAUUUCAUCAAGAGCUUGAGCAAGCUGAGGUCAGUUAUGACGGACAGUCUAAAGAGCUUGAAGAUCUGGGGAGAAGUUUGUCAAAGUCGCUUCAUGUGACCAGCAAUACACACUACAAUAAUGCGGAGGCCACUGAGCAACAUACAGCAGCUUCUGUCAGUGAUGAUGAGUUCUGAGUUUUACUGUAUUCAGGGAUUGAACGUCCUUUCGUGAUUUUAUUACCGAGUGAGUGUUUUUCCUGAGAGAAAUGUAAUGUUUGAACUUUCUGAGAGCAUAGUUUUGUGUUUGCAAUUUUUAAAGCCCAUCAAUGUGGUGUUGUAGUUUGAGUUUGCUUUUUUUUUUUAUAAUAAUCUUUUAACCAAAGCUCAAUGAAAACUACAAGUAACAACUGAAAGUACAUGAGAGACUUGAAAGUCUCAUUUGGGAUAUUAAAGUAUAAAGUGGACACAUGCUUGAAAUAUAGUGGUUGAGCUCCAACAAUAGACAGCCAGAUGAAUACUCUAAACAUUUCCUAAAUCACUGCCCUAUAGUAGUUAGUAUGAUGAGCAAAGAUGUGUUUAAUUAGUAUCUUUUUUUGUUUGAGUGGAUUACAGUUAGUUUUAAGUCUGAUGUAGCCGCAGUUUACAUUUUCAGAUUUACUGUUUUGUUGACUUGACAUAUGCCUCUGACAUGUAGCAGCUAAGACUUGACUGUCACCAGAAAGUGUCUUUACAAUAAAUUUGCAAUACAUUUUCUACUC